GCUCUGGAGGCUGUGACCUCACAGAGGAUGGGCACAGGGGGGUCUGUCCCCAAGGACAGCACCAGGCAGCCCCACUGCAGCUGCACUUGGUGACUGGUGUGCAGGGAAGGCUGGGGCCAUGGCUGCAGCAACCACGUUCCUGGUGCUGCUGCUGGCCCUCCUGCUCAAGCAGACGCAGGACCUGCGGGCCGAUGUGGCCACGGCCCAGCGGAUGUGGCAGCGCCAGAAUUUUCUGUACCACGGGGUGAAGAAGCUGCUGCAGGACAUCAGGUGGAGCAGGUCCCCACAAGAAGCCCCACUCCUCUCUGGGUCACAGCUCUGUCUCUUCUGGGCUGCUGCAGCAGUCAUGGUCCUGGAGAUCUGCUGGCUGGCCUGGCAAAUGAAGUCCACACUUUGCACCUGCCACGAGCAGGACAGCUCUGGCGGCGAGGAGGAGGAGGGUGAAGAGAAGGAGGAAAAGCUCAAGGAACAAGGCCCCAGAGUCAGGCUGCUCUCUGUGCCCACCCUGCUGCCCGUGCAGGGCCUGUCUGACAUGUGCAGGGAUGUGAAGAAGAUGACUCUGGACGUGCUCCGUGUCUGCCGGGCGCUCUCCAAGAACACUUUCAUGCCCGAGCUGCACCCGGCCGCCAGCAGGACAGCAUCCACGAGUCCUGGAGCAUCUCUGAGGAGCGAAUCGUGUACCAGCUGCUGGUGUCCCUGCAGCCACCCUCCAGGCACUCCUUCAGGCUGGAGCAGCUCUGCGGGACACACCUGCCAGAGAGGAGCUCCAACGUGCGAGUGGUGCUGGAGUGCAGCUGCCCGAGAGCCACGGGGGACGCGCCGUGUUUCGUGCACCCCGCAGAGAACCAGGAGCCAGCCCAGGCCUCGCCCCUGCUGCAGACCCUGUGCACGGGCUCCUACCUGGACGUGGAGGAAAUGGCCUGCUGGGUGCAGAACUCGGUGCAGACAGCCUGGGAGCACCUGCCCCAGUGGCAGCACUGGCAGCUGACGGUGCUGCCCAGCUCCCGCUCCUGCCGCCUGCUGCUCAGCGGCCCCUCCGGCCUGCAGCUCUGCGCUGUGCUGGUGUUUGCCGUGGAGCAGGGCAGCCCAGGCACCUUCCUGAUCCUGCAGUGACCGUGGCCAGAGCUCCAGGGCUGCUCUGGGCUGGGGCAGUGGGGAGCUGGGAGUAGGCACAGGCAGAGAGCUGACCUCAGCUGCCCAAAGGGAUCUGCUGGACAAUGGAACACCGAGCUCCUAAACCUGUGCUGACUGGGCCUGAUGCCUUGGCUGUCCCAUAUGAGCUGUGUGAUCACACUCAAGAUGAUCUGUUCCAUAACCUUGCCAGGCACCAAGGUCAGGUUGACAGGCCUGGAGUUUUCUGGAUUCUCCUUCCAGCCCUUUUGGAUGGGUCUCACAUUUGCAGCUCCAGUUGUCUGGGACUGAGCCUCAGUUAGGCAGGACUGAUGAUGAAUGCUGGAGAGGGCUUGGUGAGCUCUUCUGUCUCCACCUGGAUUUCAGGGGUUCCAUUCUGCUCACCAUCCCUGUCUACAAGCUUAGGGAGCCAGUUGCCCUGAGGAUUACUGGUCUUACUGUUGAGGACCAAGGCAAAGAAGGUGUUAAGUACCUCAGCCUUUUCCUAACCUUCAGCGACUGUGCUUUCUCCUGGGUCCAGUAUGGAAUGGACGUUUUCCUUGGCCCUCCCAUUGCCAUCAAUGUAUUCAUAAAACAACUUUAUAUUUCCUUCCUACACGACCUAACAACAUCCAUGAACACUUCCUGAGCUGCCUGCCCCUUUUUCCUGAGGUGGUUCCCCUGGUGGGCUCACCAGCUGUGAAGUUCUCAUCCACACACUCCAGGGCUGCCCCUGCUGUGUUGAGUUUCCAGCAGACAUCUGGCAGGUCCCUCCUUGUUCCUUCUUUCCUCCUCUUUAUGAAUGGAUCCUGAUGGAAUAUGGUACAGAAUAUCCCUUGGGGUAUCUCUGGGGUGCCCCAACCCCAACCUUGGCGUCAGCUCUCUGUGUCUACUCCCAAACACCCAAGCACCCUCUUGUGGUCCCAGGCCCAGCCAGAAAUUAAGCAACAUGCAGCCACUUGCUCAACACCCUUCUCCUCCCACCCAUCCUGGUGAACUGGGGAGAAGAAUUAAAAGUAAAACUUGCAUGUUUAAAGAAUUUUCAAAAUUAAUCAUUUAGAGAAGCAUAGUAACUGCAAACAGAGUAAAAUACUAUGAGAAGUUAAUAGUGAGAAGUUAAGUCUAUCCCAGCCAAAGCCAGGCUAUCCCCCAGCCCCCUCAGCAGUGUGGCAAUGCAAGAAGCAGAAAAAGCCUUGAUGCUGUGCAAACACUGCUGAGCAAUAAGAAAAACAUCAUGUUGAAUUAUCAACACCCUUUUCAGCACAAAUCCCAAACACAGCCCCACUCUGGUCACCAGAGAAAAUUCACUCAACCACAGCCUAAACCAGCUCACUGAGCAACAGGUUUUGAACUAUUUUCUGUGGUACAGAGGGAACAAAAUUUAAGCACCAAAGCCUGCUAGCUAAUUCUAGUAGCAGUACAAAAGGUCAUUUUUCCAAAUGGCUAAACUGCACCCCCAGGCUUUCAGGAUUAUGUGCUGUGUCAUUACUAAGAAAAAUCUCAUUGCAUUAAGAAGCAGCCAUUGCUUUUAAAAAGACAGAGGCAGUGAGUUUUCUUAAAAACAAACCUUAGGCUUAAGAAAGCCUUAUCACAAAAACAGUGUGAGCUGCAUUUGAAAAUAAAGUUUGUACUUAAAACUG